CCUUGGGGGCGUUUCCAGGAAGAGAGGGGUUACAUUUUCCUGUAAUGGCGGAGCAGACAGAGAGCGAGACUAUCGGGUUCAACGACAACAGAAUGGUGCAGCAGGCAGUACGGUUCCGCGGCCCUGCGCCUGCACCUGCGCCUGCUCAGACCCCAGUGUUACGAGGCCCACCUCCACUCCUUAGACCACCCCCACCUCCUUUUGGGAUGAUGAGAGGACCCCCGCCGCGGCCCCCUUAUGCACGUCCUCCCUUUGACCCCAACAUGCCCCCCAUUCCUCCCCCAGGAGGCAUGCCUCCACCCAUUGGACCGCCCCAUCUACAGAGACCUCCGUUCCUACCCCCUCCAAUGGGGAACUUGCCACCGCCUCCAGGGAUGUUGUUUCCUCCUGGGAUGCCUCCUGUUCCUGCAUCUGGAGCCCCUGCACUCAAUCCUGCAGAGGAGAUCUGGGUAGAGAACAAGACGCCAGAGGGAAAGGCAUAUUACUACAACGCCAGGACCAGAGAGUCCUCGUGGAGUAAACCGGAUGGCGUGAAGAUCAUCCAGCAGUCUGAACUCAACCCCCUUCUUGUAGCGGGGUCUGGGGGACCGAGUGCUGGGGCCACUUCAGCUGCCAGCUCAAGCAGCAGUAACACUACAGCCAGCACAACAGCCUCCUCCACUCAGGCGCCAUCCACAACUCCCUCCCGCACACUCUCCUCAAGUCCAGACUCCACCACACCCUCCCCUUCGGUGUCCAUUGCAGCCACUGUUGUAGCAGACAUGUCCCCUGUUGCCCCAGUUUCUUCAAGUGUUGGUGUUUCGCCUGUCACUGUGGUAACGGUUUCCACGGUGCCCUCACCUGUUACGGCGGUGCAGACGAUGCCCCUGCUUCCUGCAGGCCUGUCUCACAAUGUUGGCCAGCCCACGGCAGGCUUAUCUCCCUUCCCCCCGGUCAUGGUGCCUCCUUUCAGGGUGCCCUUACCAGGGAUGCACAUCCCUCUACCAGGUGUAGCAAUGAUGCAGAUAGUAGGUGCGCCGUGUGUAAAGGCAGGCCCCGGCCACAACGGCAUGCUUCCUGGCAUGGGACCGCCUUUAGUUUCCAUGAUGCACCCACAGCUCCUCUCGGCAGGCCCUGCCUCCAUGGCCGGAUCAUUACAUCUCCCUGAGUGGUCCGAGUACAAAACCGCUGACGGGAAAAUGUACUACUACAACAACCGAACACUGGAGUCCACAUGGGAGAAACCACUGGCCCUGGUGGAAAAAGAAAAGGAAGCAGAAAGGAUCAAGCAGCGUCUGGCCCAGGAGGAAGCUGAGGCGAUCCAGAUGGAAGAGGAGGAGGAAAACAAAAUGGAAAAUGCCAAUAACGAUAAAGUGGAGCCUAAAGAAGAGGAGAUGACAGAGGAGGAAAAAGCAGCUCAGAAAGCAAGGCCAAUAGCCACCAACCCGAUCCCUGGAACGCCGUGGUGUGUGGUGUGGACCGGUGACGAACGUGUAUUCUUCUACAACCCCACAACGCGGCUGUCAAUGUGGGACCGGCCCGAGGAGCUGGUCGGUCGAGCUGAUGUUGACAAGCACAUCCAGGAGCCGCCUCACAAGAGAGGACUGGACGACGGCAAGAAGACAGGUGUCAAGGAGGAGCAAGAAUUAGCUAUUGCUACUGAAGAAAAUCAGGAUGAGGAACCAUCCAAAGCCAAAAAGAGAAAGAAGGAGGAGGUGAAGGAGGCAGACUCAGAGAAGGAAGUAGCGAUGGAGGUUGAGCUCAGAGCUGCCAGAGAACGAGCUGUCGUGCCGCUCGAGGCCCGAAUGACCCAGUUCCGAGAAAUGCUGCUGGAGAGAGGGGUGUCUGCAUUCUCAACCUGGGACAAAGAGCUUCAUAAGAUUGUGUUUGACCCACGCUACCUUCUGCUAAACCCAAAAGAGAGGAAACAGGUGUUUGAUCAGUAUGUGAAGACACGAGCGGAAGAGGAGAGGAAGGAGAAGAAGAACAAGCUGAUGCAGGCCAAAGACGAGUUCAGGAGGAUGAUGGAGGAGGCAAAGUUCACACCAAGAACAACGUUUAGUGAAUUUGCAGUGAAGCACGGUCGAGACCCGCGAUUUAAGACCAUAGAGAAGAUGAAGGACAGGGAGGCCAUCUUUGUGGAAUUCAUCACCGCUAUACGGAAGAGAGAGAAGGAGGACUCCAAGUCCAGAGGAGAGAAGGUGAAGCAAGACUUCCAUGAUCUCCUUAGUGAUCAGCACAUAGAAGUGGGCCAGCGGUGGAGCAAAGUGAAAGAGAGGCUGGAGACUGACCCGCGGUACAAGGCUGUGGAGAGCUCCGCACUCAGAGAAGAGCUUUUCAAACAGUACAUGGAAAAACAAGCCAAGACCGUGGACCUUGACAAGGAGCGAGAGCUUGAGCGGCAGGCUCGUAUUGAGGCUAGUCUGAGAGAGCGGGAGCGCGAGGUGCAGAAGGCUCGAUCCGAACAGACCAAAGAGAUCGACCGAGAGAGAGAGCAGCACAAAAGGGAGGAGGCCAUCCAGCAUUUCAAAGCUCUCAUGUCUGAUAUGGUACGGUCUCCAGAUGCAACAUGGUCAGACACGCGGCGUAACCUGCGGAAAGACCAUCGCUGGGAGUCCGCGUCACUGCUAGAGCGAGAGGAGAAGGAGAAGCUGUUUAACGAACACGUAGAAGCACUGGCCAAGAAGAAGAAAGAACAUUUCAGGCAGUUGCUUGAUGAGACCAGCAUGGUGCGAAGUAAAAAGAUCACUCUGACAACCACCUGGAAGGAGGUGAAGAAGGUUAUCAAGGAGGACCCUCGCUGUAUUAAGUUCUCCUCAAGUGACAGAAAGAGACAACGGGAGUUUGAAGAUUACAUCAAAGACAAGUACAUCACAGCCAAAGCUGAUUUCAGAACCCUGCUGAAGGAGACAAAGUUCAUCACAUACAGGUCGAGAAAGCUGAUCCAGGAGUCUGAGCAGCAUCUGAAGGAUGUGGAGAAGAUCCUUCAGAAUGACAAGCGAUACCUCGUUCUGGAGUGUGUUCCAGAGGAACGCAGGAAGCUCAUCAUGUUCUACAUUGAAGAUCUAGAUCGCCGUGGCCCUCCUCCUCCCCCCACUGCCUCUGAGCCCACCCGACGCUCUACCAAGUGACCAAUGCAUCAUCUUCUCGGCCCUAUUCUUUCUUGCCCUCCAUUUGGCCAGAGCAUGAUCUACCCCAAACUCACCAUGAGCCCUGCCUUUCAGGCCCACAGCUGGCCUGGCAGUGUUAUUGCUGGUGCUCAUGUUGCUUAGAGAUGUGCCGUAGAGAUGAACGGUUAUGGUCUCUGUGUUAUGUUAACUCUUAGCCCUGAAAUAGCCCUUCAUUUAAGGCAACAUUAGGGAACAGGUUACCUCAUCUUGGUGACCCUCAAGCCUUCACCUCUGACAGCCACAUUAAGGCUGCACCCAGAGGAUCAAUUGAGGUGUAAGAUAGCUGAUGUAAAUGAAGAUGUGCGUGUGUGAGGAAGUGUAUGUUUGUGAAUGAUGUGUGUGUGUGUAUGCAUGUGUAUAAGGCGUCCUUAAGCCUUACUGCUCCACUUUGCCAGUCAUCGUUUCAGCGGCUCAGUGUGAAUGUUAGUUUCUGCACAGUGGUUUACUCUUGAUGUUGCAGCAAUUUCUCUGAAAUAAAGGCAACUUCCACUGUU